UUUGAUUCUCAAGAAGAAGAAGGCAUACACAAACAGACGUCCAACUCUGUAAUGAUGGUGUCUUUUGCUGCGAAUGACAAUUUAAACGGGGUUUAUGUUGUACUUUGACGGUGAUAAUGAUUUCUGUAAGCUACAUCCUGCUAGGUGGACAGUUACUCUUGUUAGUUACAGUAAUUCUUUUACAAUGUUUGGAAGGGAUCCAUUCCCAAAACUCGUCGACCACCGAUACAGCUACCGCAUCACCUGGUCCUGGCUCGACGGUUCUUCCUUUCUCCGAGCAGACCUCCGAAACUGUAAAAUAUGAAAUCCCAGUGGAAAGUACGAAUUAUACAGACGCAUUCGAGUACAAGGCUUUGUCACCGGUCGUCCUCUGCAGUUAUUUGCCAGAGGAGUUCAUCUACUGUCAGGACCCUGUGGAUCAUGCUGGAAAUCAUAGCGCCUUACUGGAGAUGGGCCAUGGGUGUGUAGGGUGGGGAGGCCAGACUCAGAAAGAAGUGAACCACACACCAGUUGUCUGCACUGCACUUGAUGACAUUGAAUGUGCUGGCCCCAGAGAAUUCCUGAGAGGGAAAGUACCCUGCAUCAAAUACACCGGACACUAUUUCAUCACCACUCUGCUGUACUCCUUCUUCCUCGGUUGUUUUGGGGUCGAUCGUUUCUGCCUGGGCCACACAGGGACAGCGGUGGGAAAGUUGCUCACACUUGGAGGUCUGGGAAUCUGGUGGUUCGUGGACUUGAUCCUGCUUAUUACUGGUGGCUUGAUGCCUAGUGAUUAUAGCAACUGGUGCACUUACUACUGACCAGGAGAGCAAUCCCUAAAGUUGGACAUUUCUCCAUUACAUAUUGUGCACGUUUAAGAGAACUCCUGAAAUCUCAGAGAUCUCAGGCUGCUCUCCUGCCGAGCAGAGAUCCUGCAAGGUUACCUGGGAAAACAAAAACAUACAUCUGUACUUCUUGUGCUUCUCUCACCAGAAAACAAGCAAAUCAAGAACAAACAUUGAAUCAUCCCUGAUUUCAAAUAAUUUUAACGAUUGACCAAGGAGACCACAAAAUGUCUUGUAAAUUUGACACAUCAGAGAAAAGUCUUGUUUAAGGCGGACAAUUAAUUCAUGAAUGAAUAAAAAAAAAAGUGAUGUGAAAUCGGGCUUCAAAAUUGUCAAGAAUUGAGGCAUUUUUUUUUAUCUUGCAACGCUGUGGGUGUAUUACUUUUAACUGUCAAUGGAAUACGUGCCCACUCCCAUCACUCCUUAGCGGGGAGAGGAGAAUUCCCAGUGAAGGACAUGGCACACGCUCUCCUGAGCUGCAGAGAAGCAGCCUCUGAGGUGGCAUGAUGACCAUAAGCCACGCUGCCAAGACAAUUUUCCCUCAUUUGAAAUUCAUCAGGACAGUGUGCUGCUGUGACCGCCGAAGGGUUCACCAUAAGCGUCCACAGUAGCACAACGCGUACCAGUCCCCUUGGAUGAUUUAUUUGUUUAUUUUCCCCCAUCCUCCUCCUCCACUCCACGAUGUGCGACCGGCAACUGUGAGGCUGACGGCCCUAGCGCUGUUGUGUCGGUGUCAGACCUCCAGUGGCUGCUCUAACCGCUGUCGGCAAGGGGCCGCAGGUCAUCGCUGCCUCGCAACGCAACGCACGUGGGGCCAUGCCACAGAGACACUGUACCCCAAAUAAGACAAACACAUUUCAGGGAAGAUGAAAUUUUUCGAGUUGUGGGCAUAGAUUGAUGGCCAAUUGCACACUCUACUAUGGGUCAGGUUAUAAUGAAUAAUAAUGAAAGUAUAUAGUGGGGGAGAGUUUCAUGCUAGAAAAUAUAUGCCCCAGCCCACUGUCAUCACUGGUCUAGCUUUUCACCCCACCCCCAAAGAAAUCAGACCAACUGACGCUAUAUCAAAAAUUCAGUACUACAUUGUUGUCUUUACACGUUUGCAGCACUUACUCUCAAAGACAUUUAAUGUAUUUAGAAACAAAACACGAUAAUGACUUUCGUUCAACUUUAACUUCCAUCAUUUCUGCUACACUGACCCACUUGAAUACGUAAUAAAAUUGUGAAUUUGUGGGUUUCAGCCUAAGAUACAGCAAUUAUCAAUUUUAUGCAAAAGUUUUUCUUUAUUCCCUUGUCAAUUGUUGGUUAUUAUUAUUUUUGAAAAGAAUGUGCAAUGAACAUUACGUGGGCUACGGGUUAACAGGGCCAUGGUUCAUUGUUAUUGAGACAUUAAAUGCAGACGGCAUUAAGCUUUUCCUUUAGAGUAGGCCUAAGCAAAUAAGUGUUAAAGCCAACAGUUAUCAGCAGCAAUGCAUUUCUUUACUGUUUAUUUAGCCUAAUUAAUCAUAUCUGCAAUAUUCUUCAACGUGUUGUAUAUCAUUUUUUUAAACACGUUAAAACAUCUUAUGAGCAAGUGGGAAAAUACUUUCUGGUUAUGGUGCGUUCUUGAGCUGUAACAAUCUGGUGUACAUAAAACACAAGACAAUUAUGAAUAAAAUAUUCUUAGAGCUUCCUUUA